AUGACGGCCACCGAGCGUGCAGCGGCUCCUACGAUGAACCACAAGGCUCAAGUCAAGAUUGCCGCCGCUCAGAUUGCGCCCGUGUUCAUGAACAAGGCUGCGACGACUGCGAAGGUGUGCAAAAUGAUCCGCGAGGCGGGUGAGCAAGGAGCCAAAGUCAUUGGCUUCCCCGAAUGUUGCAUUCCUGGCUACCCUGGCUGGGGCCAAACCCAGCUUGCCGGCGGAGCCAAAGCCAUUGGACUCUAUAAGCAGCAAUUCUACGAGUCGGUUGAGGUGCCGGGGCCGGAGACGGAUUUGAUUGCACAAGCUUGCCGCGAAGCCAGCAUGUACGCUGUCGUGGGCAUCAACGAGCGGCUGGCCAAUACGACAGGCACCACCUUCAACACGCAGAUCAUCAUCGACCCCAAUGGAGAGAUUGUCAACAAGCACCAGAAGUACGUGCCAACGGUAACAGAGCGGCUGGUCCACGCGCCCGGUGGCACGGGCACGACGGUGUCGACCAAGACCGAGUUUGGCACGCUGAGCGGCUUGAUAUGUGGUGAGAACUGCAACCCGAUGGCGCUCUACAGCCUGUCGCUCGAGUACCCGACCGUCCACGUCGCCUCGUGGCCGGCGCACUUUGGGCCCGGCAGCUCGACGCAGGAAGACAUACUUGCCGUCACCAAGGGCAUGGCCUACAACCUCGGCUGCUUCAUCAUCAACUCGGUCAGCAUCAACUGCGACAGCACCAUCGAUGCGUACACGUGGGACAGCGCCGAGGCACGCGAAUGGAUGCUGUCGCAACGCGAGCUCGACCAUACCGGCGGCGCCAGAGCUACAAUCCUUGACCCGAGCGGCAAACUGCUGGCUGGCCCGCUGCCUGCCGGCGAGGGCAUUCUGUAUGCCGAUGCCAACAUCGAGGAUGUCCUGGUCAAUAAGUUUAUGGUGGAUGUAGCAGGUCACUACCAGCGACCCGAGCUGUUCGCACACCACUUUGAAAAGUAUAUUAAGAAAUAG